UCGUACUACCUACCUACAGCCUACGACAAGUGGGCUUAAACUACGAGUCAUAAAUCUCGCAAACUCAUGCGGCAGACGGACCCGAUGGUGAUCGGCGGAAUGAAUGUUGGUUGUGUCGCAUCAUACUUCGGGGGCAAGAAUAUCCUCAUCACCGGAUCAACUGGGUUCCUUGGAAAAGUGCUCGUGGAGAAGAUACUGAGGGUUCAGCCUGGUGUGAGAAAGGUCUUCCUCUUGGUUCGAGCUACCAAUGACGAAUCCGCAAGACACCGAAUCCAGACCGAGGUAACACGGAGGGAAAUCUUCCAAGUUCUCAGAGAAAAGUAUGGCAAUGGAUUCGGAGAUUUCAUCCAAGAAAAGGUGUGCCCUCUGGCAGGAGACGUUAUCUGUGAGGAUUUUGGACUAGACACUGCCAAGCUGAAAGAACUGUCCAAGAAUAUGGACAUCAUCGUGAAUGGUGCUGCAACUACGAAUUUCUAUGAAAGAUACGAUGUAGCUUUUGACACUAACGUCUUGGGAGCGAAGCACAUGUAUGCAUUUGCGAACAAGUGCAUCAAACUAAAAAUGCUGCUUCACAUUUCAACAGCUUACGUAAGCGGUGAACAAGAGGGACUAAUACUAGAGAAACCAUUCAUAAUGGGCGAUACACUACGGGCAGGCACACAUUUAGAUGUCGAAUCUGAGCUAAAUCUGAUCAAACAUACCAAGAUGGAACUGAAUGCUAACUGUGCUACAGAAAGGGCUGAGAGGAAAACCAUGAAGGAACUUGGCCUCAAGAGAGCAAGGCAUUUCGGGUGGCCAAAUACCUACGUUUUCACCAAGGCAAUGGGCGAGAUGCUGCUGGGGCACCUAGAAGGUGACCUUCCAGUUGUCAUCGUCAGGCCAAGCAUCAUAACUAGCAUCCUCAAGGACCCAUUGCCUGGAUGGAUAGAAGGAGUUAGGACAAUUGACUCUGUUAUCUUGGGUUACACCAAGCAGGCCUUGAAAUUCUUUCUAGUAGACCCCGAUGCCAUAAUGGACGUGGUGAGUUUGCAUCCUCACAUCCAAAACUUCAACAUAAUGGACGUGGUGAGUUUGCAUACUCACAAGUCAUACCAUUAUUUCGAGUUUGGACAGAUUCCGGGGGACAUGGUGGUGAACUCUAUGAUGGUAGCCAUGGCGGCGCACACAGAGGAAAAGGUGCAGACCGUCUAUCACUUGACGUCAUCUGUGAGCAACCCGACGUCUUACACCACUCUCCAGGAGUCAGGCCAUCGCUACUUCAAGGACAACCCGCCCCGAGGGGAGAACGGCGAGCCCAUCCGGCUGAACAAUAUGCGCUUCUUCAGCACGGUCGUCAGGCUCCGCGCGUACAUCGUCAUCAAGUACAAGUUCCCUCUUGAGGUCCUCCACCUGGUGAACGUGCUGCUCUGUGGCCUUUUCUCGCGGCGCUACAAUGAGCUCAACGGAAAAUACAGAUUGGCCAUGCAUCUGAUUGAGCUCUAUGCGCCUUACACCUUAUUCAAAGGACGCUUUGAUGACAUGAACCUUGAGAAGCUGAGGAAAGCGAUGGAGAGUAAUAGAGAUGGAGGAGAAUACUGCUUUGAUUUCGAUCUCAGGAGAAUCGACUGGGACGACUAUUUCUACAGGGUUCACUUUCCAGGCGUCCUCAAGUAUCUUGCGUGACUUGAGUUACAUUCAACCAACUAAAUAAAUGCUACCUUUGAACGCACUGUUGCAAAGCUCUCAUGGAUGUGUUUUACCUUCGCUGCUGUAGUUGUGUAUGUUCCAUAUAUCUAUCUAUGAUGCGGCAUUAAUAAAGCUCUGAACGUAUAAAGGAUA